AUGCCACGUGCGAGACGCCUGGAUGUCGCAAAACUCUGGCAAUCCAACACUAACGAGGCCCUAAGCACAGAAAUUCGGUCUCGUCUUACGACCCCAGCCGACGGCGAAGGCAGCAGCAAGUGGUCCGCACUAAAGACAUCCGUCUAUGGGUCAACUGAGAAAAUUCUGGGAUCUACUCAGCUGCGCCGCAGUGACUGGAUCAGCGGAAGAACCCUGCAGCGCGGCUAUCUCGUUGACAACCCGGCUAAGAUUGGUCACUGGCGUAAAUACCUCGAGUACCACCUCAAAUUCGAUGAGCAACCUAUCACACCCUCCCGCUGCUUCACAGCGGAGUUUCAACCCUCUCCAGCCUACGCAGUGUCGUGUGAUCUCCCACCCAAAGACGAAGUUGCUGAUGCAAUAGAGAGGCUGCGCAACAGCAAUGCGUCCGGAGAGGACGGUAUUCUCGCUGAAAUCUACAAGUCUUGUGUUGACACUCUGGCUUAUUGGCUUCACGGAGCAGUUGGAGUAGUUCGCUACUGUUCUUCUUUAGUGGUCGUUGCCGGCCGACGCCCUCCAUUGCCUUGUGCGGCGUUACUGUUCAAGGCCAGCUGCCUCAAGGUCAUCCAAUACCUCAGUCAGCGCUAA